AUGGCGGACGACAUCUCACGAGCUACCAAUGACCGGACAGAGGUCGAGGCCGAGAAGGAGAGGUAUGAGAAUGUCGAGCACAUUGCCUCUACCAAGCAGGAAAACCUCGCUACCCAGAUGGAUCCUGCGCGUCGUGCGGCCGUCGAGAAGCGUCUCAAGUUGAAGCUUGACGCCCGAUGCAGUCUGUUCGUAUUCAUCUAUAUCAUGAACUACCUGGACCGCAACAACAUGGCCGCGGCCCGUCUGAAGGGUCUGCAGGAUGACCUACAACUCAACAACACCGAAUACUCGACGUGUCUGAGUAUCCUGUACGUGGGCUACAUCAUCAUGCAAGUGCCCUCCAACAUGUUCAUCAACCGCAUCUCGCGACCCUCUCUCUACAUCGCCUGUGCCAUGCUUCUCUGGGGUCUCAUCUCCACCAUGUCUGGUAACGCCAAGACCUUUGGACAUAUGGUGGCCAUCCGUUUCCUGCUGGGCUUCAUCGAGGCUGCGUUCCUGCCUGGUGCUCUGCUCAUUCUGUCCAAGUGGUACACUCGCCGCGAGUUGACCUCCCGCAAUGCCCUCUUGUUCUGUGGUAACCUCAUUUCCAAUGCCUUCUCUGCCCUCGUUGGUGCCGGUGUCCUGUCCAACAUGCAGGGCGUCCUGGGCCACGCUGCGUGGCGCUGGCUGUUCUGGAUUGAAGGUGCCGUGACCAUGUUCCUGGCUGUUUUGGCCGCCUUCAUCCUGCCUGAUCUGCCCACCAAUGCUCGCGGUUUCACCGAGGAAGAGCUCCAGGUGGCUCAGCUUCGCAUGUUCGAGGAUGUUGGUGAAGCCGAUACCGACUCCGAGGAGCUCGGUGCCAUGGGCGGUCUGAUUAUGGCCCUGAAGGAUCCCAAGAUCUACGUGAUGAUGUUCACUUUUGUUGCCUACGUCGUUGGAUUGUCUUUCAACGCUUUCUUCCCUACUCUCACCGGUACACUUGGAUUCGGCUACGUCCCUACCCUCCUGAUGAGUGCUCCCCCAUGGGUGUUCUCCUGUAUCUUCUCCGUCAUCAACGCAUGGCACGCGGAUAAAACCCAAGAGAAGGUCUGGCACAUCAUCGGCCCAAUCGCCAUGGGAGCCGUCGGGUUUAUUAUCAGCAUGUCCACCCUAAACGUGGCAGCCCGAUACGUGGCACUCUUCUUGCAGGCAGGCUCCUACGCAGGAUUCAUCGUGUUCUACUCCUGGAUCAGUUCCUCCUUCCCCCGUCCCCCAGCCAAACGAGCCGUCGCCAUCGCCAUGAUCAACGCAUUCAGUCAGCUAGGGAACGUGGCUGGCUCCUACGUCUGGGAUCUCGAUGAUAAUGGCUUCCGAUCUAGCUACGGAAUCGUGCUGGCCAUGUUCGGUGUCACGGUCUUCGGAUGCUGGUACUUCCGCUACAUGCUGCUUAGCCUUAACAAGCAGAUCGAGGCUGGUGAGGUGGCCGACACGACGGAUAAUGAUAUCCUCGAGCAUGCCAACGAGUCUUUGCGCAUGCGCAAGGGUUUCAGAUAUCUGGUUUAA